AUGAGCAAGAGACAAAGACCAAUUCAAUCUCCUACAUCAACCCCUCCAACCCCACAAACCCACAACCCCAAAAGACCCAAAACCAUCCUCAAACCCACCAAAUGGGUCCCACUCAAUCUCACCCAAUCCGAGCUCUCCUUGCCCCUCACCUUCCCCACCGGCCAAACCUUCAGGUGGAGACAGACCGGCCCUCUUCAGUACACAGGCGUUGUUGGGUCCCACUUAGUAUCCCUCAGGCACCUCGAAAACGGCGACGUUUCCUACUGCCUUCACCACACCACCACCUCCGAAACCAAUGCCAAGUUGGCCUUGCUCGACUUUCUCAAUGUGGGUAUUUCUCUGGCUGGCAUUUGGGAGGUUUUCUCGGCCUCGGAUUCGAGGUUUGCUGAGCUCGCGAGCUAUUUGGGCGGUGCGCGCGUGCUUAGGCAAGACCCAGUUGAGUGUUUGAUUCAGUUUCUUUGUUCAUCAAAUAACAACAUCCAGAGAAUUACCAAAAUGGUAGAUUUUGUAUCUUCGUUGGGGAACCAUUUGGGUUCUGUUGGAGGUUUUGAGUUCCAUGAAUUUCCAUCUUUAGAGCGCUUGUCAAUGGUCUCAGAGAAAGAGUUCAGAGAGUCUGGUUUUGGCUAUAGGGCCAAGUACAUAACUGGCACUGUAAAAGCUUUGCAAUUGAAACCUGGUGGAGGAGCAGAGUGGCUUUUGUCUCUGCGUAAAACGGAGCUCGAAGAGGUGAUUGAAGCUCUUUCCACAUUGCCUGGAGUUGGUCCUAAGGUUGCAGCAUGUAUAGCUCUUUUCUCGCUUGAUCAACACCAUGCCAUUCCUGUUGAUACACACGUGUGGCAGAUUGCUACUAGAUACCUCAUACCUGAGCUAGCAGGUGCUCGUCUGACACCUAAGCUCUGUGGCCGUGUGGCGGAGGCAUUUGUGAGUAAAUAUGGGAAAUAUGCUGGCUGGGCUCAAACUCUGCUUUUUAUUGCUGAAUUACCUUCCCAAAAAGCCCUUCUACCAGCACAUUUUUGGAAUGCAAAAGAGAGUAAAGCUGCAAAGAAGAAGGAUCGUAAAUCGCACACUGCAGUGGAUACUUCAAUAGUUGAUUAA